AUGGCUCCCGGCCUUGAUAUCGGGUCAGAUACCGUUAACGAUGGACAUGCAGACGGACCAGGUCACUCGUAUCACUCACGGCCAUCGUCGUUGUCUCGCGGUGCUUCUCAGUCGAUGGGACCUCCACCAUUACCUCACUCCGUGUCUCCCUCUAGCGGGAGUGUACAAGUCGAUAAUACGGGAGUUGGCAGCGGGCCAGAGCUGGAGAAAGAGCAAGAAGCAGCGGUAAACCGUCUCACGCGAGAGCUCUCUCUCCUCCGCGCGCAGACUGCAUCCGUGGCAUCGACAGCCUCGUCAGCGUCAACAAACGUCAACGAGUCAGGCGAUUGUAACAGCACAGUAGCCUCUCCCCGGUCGACUUCUCGCCAUAGGUCAUCUUCAACGCUGAGCUCCCGGAGCGUGGCUGGCGGAACUACAUACGUACCCGGAAGCACAGUCGCUGCGUUAACCAGCAUCAUUCCACCGCGAGAGGGCGGUACACCAUCUUCAUCACGGCAGUCUCUAGACAUCCAGCGUCCUAGCCUCAGCCGCGAAACCUCUGCUUCAUCUCCUCGCCAGCCUGAAAUCUCAUCCCCGCCUUCACUUCAGAAUCGUGAAGAUAACUCCCACCGCUCGUCACUGGCGCAACCUCUGAGUGCGCGGGAACAUCGUCGGUCAGAAUCUGCCUCUAGUGCAUCAGGUACACUGCGAUAUGAAGAGGCCGCGCGCCAUCGUGCUGAACUCGAAGUUGUCAAGCGGGAGAACGAAUCCCUGCGUCGCCGCGUUCGAGAACUCGAGAAGAUUCUAAGAGACCAUCGCCACGUCUAA